UGUCUGCCGGACAAAAGGCGAAUCUGUUUGACGGUGGAUUGAAACCCAAUUAGAAACAGAGGAGACAUUUUGGGAAAACUGUCAGUGUCCGUGUGUCCCGGCGCCCCAAGGCAAAGGAUAUAUGGUAACAUUAACAUCUGUGGAGGCUCUUAGACUGGAAUAUUAAGGAUGUUCCAGCAGUGUGAGGAGCCUCGUUUCACCAUCGAGCAGAUUGACCUCCUCCAGAGGCUACGGAGGACAGGUAUAACACAGGUGGAGGUCCUCCACGCCCUGGACACCCUGGACCACCUGGACCGCCAGCAUGGACACAAGUUGACCCAUAAGCCUCCCUACAUGCCUCCCUCGUCUUCCUUGUCUUCUUCCAGUAUCGUCGUCGCCUCUUCUUCCAUGACUUCCACCGCCACUCAGACAAGUUUCCCUAGCAACCGACUCUCCCCGUCACCUAAUAACAACUUCGACACCGCCUCCCCGCUUCUACCGAUUCCAGUAGCAUCGCCUGUCACCAUGGCAGCGGUAGUCCAGAACGGCCUAGUUGCUGUCACCAACGGGAAGCUGUCUCCUCCCCGGUUUCCUCUUGCUGUUGUGAGUGGCGGUGUCACGGCGCCAGGCUACGGGUUCGAGACCAGCGAAGAGGACUUAGAUGUUGAUGACAAGGUGGAGGACUUGAUGAGGAGGGACAGUGCUAUAAUCAAAGAAGAGAUUAAGUCCUUCCUGGCGAACAGGCGGAUCUCCCAGGCUGUGGUCGCUCAGGUAACGGGGAUCAGUCAGAGUCGGAUCUCCCACUGGCUCCUACAGCAGGGAUCAGACCUCAGCGAGCAGAAGAAAAGAGCCUUCUUUCGCUGGUACCAGCUGGAGAAAAGCAACCCUGGUGCCACUCUUGCUAUGCGAGCCGCCCCAUUGGCUCUGGAGGAGGUGAUGGACUGGCAUCAAGCCCCGCCUCCAUUUGGCUCGGCCCCCGGGGGCUUCCGCCUGCGGCGAGGGAGCAGAUUCACCUGGAGGAAGGAGUGUCUGGCUGUUAUGGAGAGCUACUUCAUUGAUAACCAGUACCCCGAUGAAGCCAAGAGAGAGGAGAUCGCCACCGCCUGCAACGCUGUCAUUCAGAAACCAGGAAAGAAGCUGUCCGAUUUGGAGAGGGUAACAUCUCUGAAGGUCUACAACUGGUUUGCCAACCGCCGCAAAGACAUCAAGAGGCGUGCUAACAUUGAAGCAGCCAUCUUGGAGAGCCACGGCAUCGAGGUUCAGAGUCCAGGCGGUCAGUCCAACAGCGACGAGGUGGAUGGCAACGACUUCCCCGACCAGGGUUGUGAGGUGUCCUUAUUUGACAAGAGAGCUUCAGCCAGGCACUUUGGUUUCAGUCGAGCUGACCUGUCCUCUCCAACCCAGGUACCCACAAUGCUCCCCAGCUGGUUUUCUGCCCUGGGUAGAGGAGGCUUGUCUGGACAGAGAGGCACUUCUCUGAUUGGCCGAUCCCUCGUGUCGGGGGCCGGCCCUCAGGCGGAAGGUUCCAGAUUGACAGGCGUGUCCUGGUCUCCCCCCUCGCCCUCCCUCCAGGACGAACCCGCGCUGUCCGAGCCCCAGGACCCAAUCGGUUUGGAGAAGGCGGCUGUCAAUCACAGCAACCAAGCCCUAGCCAAUCAGGUGGAUGCGGCGGGGCGCGGUAUUGGGAAUGACAUCAAGACGGAAACGCUGGAGGACGACUGAAAUGGGUGCUGGAUAUUGGAGUAGUCAGAGUGAUGAAUGGAACAGGAUCAGAGGUGUGUUAAUAUGCAAGCAGAUUUUAUAGGAAUGUAAUAAGUGGAAAAAAAGAAGACCAAAAGUCGUGUAAACUCCAACCCUGAGAUACCUCCCAACCCUACCUCCAACCACCAACCUGCUCUGCUACGCUCUUAUACUGUAGGCAUUACUAGUAUAUUAUAAUAAUGAUAAUAAUAACAAUACACUUUGAUUUGUUAAAGUGCAUCCCAGCAGGCUAUGGAUGAUUACAAAUGCCUAUAUAAUAACAAAUCAAACAAAGAAAGUGAAAUAGAUUAUGAAUUAUUUAAUUAUGACACAUAGCAGUGUGUAUUGUUUUUCACUUUAUUUCUUUGCUGAUUUGUUUUAGGCAUUUUAAAUCUUCCGUACGGACUGUCUAACGGGACUUGAUGCAUUGUGCAGAUUUUUUUGGAAACUGCAUUCUCCACCGCAGGACAACACUGUAUUUGACACAGGGUUCAAAUCAUUUCAGGGUCUUGCACUGUGAUCACAACACAACUGAACAGCCUCAAAAGAUAAAUGCAUGAAUUUGAAGUUAAGUUUAACUGAUUGUUUUUAAAAUUAUGUUAAAUUCAUGAAUCACAGUUGCUUACAUUUCAAAUUUUGGCUGUUGGUUCCUUCCAGUGGGGAGAACAGCAGAAUCCCAGCACGUAGGGAAUAUUUCUGUGGGCCUAAAGAUGAUUUGAAAUGUUAAAAAGAGAAAGAAACAGAAGGACCCGCACCUCUGUACCCUGCCCUGGUUUAUAAGCUCAAUAUAUGGAAGCAAAGAAAGGAAUACCUAAUUGAAAUUGAAAUAGCACUGAGUGGAUAGCAUUGAAAUGUUUUAAUUCACAAACCAUCUAUCUGAAUUCCAGUGGUCUCUCUUUGUUUCCAUAUUAAAUACAAGUAAUAAAAUAAAAGGUAAUCAAUACAUAAAUGUUGAAGCUAGACGAAACCGUAGAAAAAUAGAAUUGAAUAAUAGAAUGAGUUUGUGGCCGAUGGCUGACCAGGCGGAAUGAAUGCUCACUGUGAGGUGAUCUAUAAUCAAUACAGGUCAGUCAGUUGGGAGGUAUUCAACAGUGUAACAACGUGUAACAUGAAUACAUACAUAUACUACACAUGGAUGUAUGCAAACACACGUAUAUACAGUAUGUUAUAUAAACUGUGGGGUACAUACUGUAUAUGUACCCUGAUCCAUUUCUAGUUACAGUAUAUAGACGUAUUAGCUUCAAAUGAGAGAAACUAUCAGUGUGAGUCUUUCUGUUGGUGAAAGGUGAGUGAAGCACUAGCCAAAGUAUUAAGUUUGAAUUGUGUGUAUUUUCUGAGUGUGUGAUAGUCAUGGGUGGAACUAUGUAUUAGAGAUACGCUAAUCAAA